AUGGGUCAAAAACCAUCCGUCCCCCAACCUGGGGCCCGCUUUCAAGUGAUCGGCGCUGGCAUGUCGCGUACCGGGACAGCAUCAUUCAGCGCUGCAUUAGAGACCCUCUUGGGUGGGCCUGUUUACCAUGGUGGAACACAAAUGACAAUGGGUCCUCCGACCGAGAUCAAAUCCUGGAUCCAGAUUUUGCAGUAUUGGUUAGACGAUAAGGGGGCUGACAGACCCACGAUGAUGGACCUCAUGCGGCACCGGCUGGACGGAUUCGUCGCUGUAACCGAUGCACCUUGCUCGCAACUCUUCGGGGAAUUGAUGGAAACGUAUCCCGACGCCAAGGUCAUCUGCACAACCCGUGACCCAGUAUCUUGGGAAAAAUCCAUGUCUCAGAUCCAUCACGUCGCGCUGUUGUGGUUUCUGCGCGGGGUCCUUCUUCCACUCCCGGGUAUGAGACAUUUCGUGCAUUAUAUCAGUCUGUUGGAAAAGCAGUGGGUCAAGAUCUAUGGAACCGCGAAUCCCGAUCGCGCCACAUAUGACCAGCACAUUGCUUGGUUAAAAGAUGUAGUGCCUGGGGAUCGCUUGGUGUUCUUUAAUGUCAAAGAUGGAUGGGAGCCGCUGUGUAAGGCACUUGGUAAGGAGGUGCCUAUGGACAAACCUUUCCCUUGGAUCAACGAUGGGGCUGCAAUCGAUCAAACCGCUCGGUAUCAUAUUCGGCGGGGGCUUACUCGAUGGUCUGCAAUUCUUGCCGUGGUCGUAGUCGCCGUUGCAUUAGGAUUGCAGAUAUGCUUUGACAUUUUCUCCAAAUGA